AUGACGAAAGGAGGAGCUACGACUGUCAAUUUAGAACAAGACAAGUUUGAUAAACUUAAGAUUUUUGGAGGGAAGAAAAUAACUUCAACGUACCAUAAUAAACUCUCCCUCUCGAAUUACCGAAUUCCCCCCCCCCACUGCCGAUCUUCUCGGCCCCUAACCUCCGUAUUCCUCGUCCUCCUCAUCGGCUCCGUUAUCAAUUCCUCGGCUACUUACGACCCCAUUAUCCGAUUCCCGACGACAAGAACAAUGACAGUCGACAGCCGAUCCCACAGUGACGACGACAGCCUUUACUGUGCAAGCUGGCAUUUAGCCGCCGAGACCAAUAACGCCGGGGUUUGGACCCAAAUCCCCUCCCGUUGCUACUCCUACGUCAAAUAUUACAUGACCGGUAAACGCUACGAUUCCGACUGCGAGGUCGUCGCUAAUUUCUCCCUCGCUUUUGCCUCCACCGUCCAGAUAGAUCCCGAUGGGAAGGACGCAUGGAUCUUCGACAUCGACGAGGCGUUGUUGACCAAUUUGCGCUACUAUAUGGAACACGGCUUCGGAUCAGAAAUCUUCAAUGAGAGCUGUUGGGAUAAAUGGGUGGCAUUAGCCAAGGCCCCAGCUAUUCCAUCAAGUUUGAACUUGUAUAAUGCAUUGAAGCAGAUGGGGUUCAAAAUAUUUGUGCUUACUGGCCGGAGUGAACAUCAGAGGCAGGACACCAGCAAGAAUCUUGAGCUCGCUGGCUAUACCGGGUGGGAAGGGCUUAUCUUGAGAGGAGCUUCAGAUAAAGGGAUACCAGCGACCGUAUACAAAUCAGAGAGGAGAUCGGUUCUAGUAAAUGGAGGUUACAGGAUUCAAGGGAGUACUGGAGAUCAAUGGAGUGACUUGCUGGGUUUUGCAAUGGCAAAACGUUCCUUUAAAUUGCCAAAUCCAAUGUAUUACAUACCAUAAACAAAUGUAGAAAUGGCAAUUGCCUGCAACUUAUUGUUGUAACCCACAUCCUGAUGUGCAAAUUUAAUGACUAGCUUAUUUAGCAA